CGGACCGGGCGAGGGCCGAGCGGAGCCCGGGAGAGGAUCCUGGAGCGGGGGGAUUGAACGGCUCCGGGAGCGGCUCAGGGCCCGUGCUGCUCACCGGCUAUGAAAAGGUGCAGUUCUGUGCCUGCAGAAACCAUUGACCUGCAGUUGUGGUGAAUCCUCAUUUAUUUAAUAACUGAACCAGCAUUGAACUCAGGAGCCGCUGCGCGGUGCGGCUGUUUCUCCUCAGGGAGGACAGAGCAGGCACACAGCGCUGUGUUUGCCCUCUCCGCGCUCCAGCAGCGGUGCGGGUGAGGCGCGGAGAGCUGAGCGGAGCUGGCGGGAGCCACGGGCACCAUCAGCCCGGCUCCCGGCCCUGCACAGGACUGUCCGUGUGCCAAAGAGUCCACUGUCCAAACACCUCCUGGUGCUGUGACCGCUGCUCUGGGGAGCCCAUCCCAGUGCUCAGCCACCCUCUGGGGCAGAACCUUUUUCUGAUAUCCAGCCUAACCCUCCCCGGACAGAACUCCAGCCAUUCCCUCCUGUCCCUGGUGACCACAGAGAUCAGUGUCUGCACCUCGUCCCCUCAGAAGGAAGGUUCAAACUGCCACCAGUCUGGAUUAGGAAUUAAAAUGUGUCUCCCUUGACUACUGAAGACAGAGGCCCUGCCAGUGCAGGGUGAGCUCUGCCUCUGGAUAUCCUUGUUCCUGAGUGGGACUGGGGACUGGCCUAGCCAAGCAGGUCUGGAUUUUCUCUUACUCAGGUCGUACUGGAUGUUCUGAAUCCCCCUGUCUGCACGGGGACCCUGCAGUGGGGACAUGGUUAAGGCCAGAUCCCAGGGACCUUCCUUCCUUAGGUCAAGCACCCUUCCUGGGUUUUCCCCAGAAGGAAAGGACAGCCAUCAGGGCUGAACACUGGUAAACAACAAGACAGCAAACCCUCACAACAACUUCCUGCACUGGUGGUAUCCAAACAGUGCUGCUGUAUAAAUACAACACUGAUUCUUCGCAGAUUAUUCACCAUCAGCCCCUUUAAUUGAAGGCAGUUUUCUUUAAAAAAGCAAACAACUUCUAACAGUGAAACUGCAAGACCACAUUUCUGUUCCCCCUCCCAGGGUUCCAUGCAGAUGUUCGUUCUGCUUGUUAGAAUAAUGUGGGAUUUCUCCACAUUAAAAAAGUCACUGUGAAGAACUAGAGGGGGAUGGCUUGUGCAACUGCUGAAGAGACUUUUCCAAUUCUGUCAGCACAGCAGGGGUGGGAAUUGCAUUAGGGACCUGUGAGAUGAGUGACCAAGCCUGCGGUCACUGCAGAAGAAAUCACCUCAGUGCCAGUCAGUGCCUGGGACUCCUGAAACUGAGCUGGCACAAAAACAGGCAGAUCAUGUUAAACAGCUUCAGAGCAGACAGAUAAAGGGCAAAAGCAAAGCUGCACUUAACCCAGAUAAUCUGAUAUGUACACAUGCAGAGCCUGAGCAGAUCAAACCCAGAGUGGCAGCUGGGAUGAGUCACCCGUGUGGAGUCAAGGGGAAGAUUCACCACCUUCUCCACUAUCAAAGAGCCCGUGGGUCUGCACUGCUGGAGAAGCGGCCCUGGAAUGAGUUCCUGCUCUCCAGAUUACCUUGUCUGUGCUCGUGGUGCCUUUGGGGCAGGCAGAUGGUGUAGCUCCCUUGUAUCCAGUGGGGUUCAGCUACAGUUCAUCUUUUUGGCCUGGAAGGUCUGAAUUGCCCCCGUGUGCAUCGUGGCAGCAUUCCAAGGUCGGUGGCAUGGCUGGUGCUGAUACAGCCUCCUCUGCAGCAGUCACCAGUGUUCAGUCUGAUAGGUCCUACCUUAAAUAGCUGUAUCAUAGCCAUGACACUACCAGCAGUGCCAUCAUUUCUGGGGCCUCAAAACAGAUCCUUUGUAGUUUCCUGAUGACGGACGAGGGAUUAUAUCAAAGAUGUAAACAAAGACAACACUACAUUCCAUUAGAGAGCAGAAGUGUUCUGUCCACAGAAGAGAAGCCAAGCAGCUGAUGAAUCGUUACCUCAAUUCCAGUGCCUGAAGGGGCUCCAAAAGAUCUAAACUUUAGACAAGGGCCUGGAGUGACAGGACAGAGGAGAAUGGCUUCCCAUUGCCAGAGCUCUCCCUCCCCUGAUGGCUCGUCGAUCCCAAAGCUCCUCCCAGGGGGACAACCCCCUGGACCCCAACUACCUUCCCCCCCACUACAAGGAGUACUACCGCCUGGCCCUGGAUGUGCUCACGGAGGAGGGCAAGGAGAGUUACCAGCGCUUCCUGGCCGAGGAGGCGGCCCCUGAUUUCCUCUGUGGCUCCGAGGUGGAUCACAUAAUCCAGAACCUCCAGAAGCCCCAGUACGCCCACCAGGAGGGCAGCACGGACACGGCGGGGGACAACGACAUGGACGGAUCCUCCGGGACGUACUGGCCCAUGAACUCAGAUCUGGCCGUUCCUGAGCUUGACCUGGGCUGGCCGAUGGUCUUUGGCUUCAGGGGAACAGAGGUGACAACGCUGGUGCAGCCACCCCCACCAGACAACCCCAGCAUUAAGGAGGAGGCUCGCAGGAUGAUUCGAGCAGCUCAGCAGGUGGUGGCCAUCGUGAUGGACAUUUUCACAGAUGUGGAUCUGCUGUUCGAGGUGCUGGAUGCUGCUUCUCGCCGAGUGCCUGUCUACAUCCUGCUGGAUGAAAUGAACUCCCAGCUCUUCCUUGACACAGCUGCCAAGUGCAGAAUCAACCUGAACUAUGUGGAGUUCCUGAGGGUGAGGACAGUGUCUGGCCCAACCUACUACUGCCGCACGGGGAUGUCCUUCAAGGGGCACCUGAAGGAGAAGUUCCUGCUGGUGGACUGCAUGGUGGUGCUGAGUGGCAACUACAGUUUCAUGUGGUCCUUUGAGAAGAUUCACAGGAGCAUUGCACACAUCUUCCAGGGUGAGCUGGUGGCCAGCUUUGAUGAAGAAUUCCGCAUUUUGUUUGCACAGUCAGAACCUCUGGUUCCUCCAGCCAACGUCUUGGCAAAGGCAGAGAACGCGUUUGCCAUGGCUCCCUUUGGCAAUAACAUGCCUUUCUUCCCCAAAAAAGGCCCCCUGAUGUUCCAGAGGGAUGAGAGUCUCUUCCCCUCCUUCAUGGACAGGGUGGAUCCGGACAGGUACUUCCUGUCCAAUUUCCGGCGGGACGACAUGCUGCGGCACACUGUGGAGGGGUCGGCCAUGCGGAUGUACAAAAAGGUGGAAAUGGAGAAUUCCCAGAUGGAUCCGGUCAGGGGCUUCCUCCGCUCCAAGCAGCUGGAGCUGGACGCUUUUAAGAGACACAGUUUUGCAGAAGGAACGUUUGAAAACUUUGCUUCUGCCAAGCAGUACACCCGGCAGAUGUUCAUGAACAACAUGGAUGAAUUCAAAAUCCAAUCCAGUCAUUUCCAGAAGGACCAGUUCUACCAGUACCAGUUUGAACAUCCCCAUCUUCCUGGCAGACCUCAGGGAUUCUUUGAGAGGAUUCGAGGGGGGAGGCCGGGAUUCAAUGAACUGGAAGACUAUGGAGAGGGACCCCGAUACCCUGAACUGGAGCCCAGUUUCCCACAGGAGGGUUUCCCCCUACGGCUGGACUAUGUGCCCUCCAAUUCUUCCAGGGAGGUGAGACACGGCUCCGACCAGCUGAACCCCGCGGGCAACGGCCCCAUGGGAAUGAUGUUACGGAGGCAGAACAUAGGACAGAAAUUCAUUUGCCAGACUUCUCCCACGCAGAAGCAGAGCCUGGAGCAGCGCCUGUUCCUACAGGACAAGGAUGAAGAGCAGGAUGACGACAAGAGCACACAGGAAAACAGAACAGGGUUACGGAACUGGAGGAUUUCUUCGUACCUCAGCGCAUACCAGUCUGAACCAGAUGAAGGGCUCCCGAUGCCGAUGGAGUCCGAGGCGUAUAACGAUGCUCUUGGGGAUCCCCUCACAAAGCACCCCACUGACCUCGUCCCAGCCUUCAAACCCCCCACGCCCUUCAGUAGCAAGCCACUGGGAAUUGACAGUGCCAAGGAAUCUGCAGAUUCUGAUAGAGCAGGUGAAGAAACCUCGAUAAUGAAACCAGAUGCCUUCAGGUCCAGGAUAAAUCCUUUGAUCCAGAGAAGCUCCAGGCUCAGGUCCUCUCUGAUUUUCAGUGCUGCCAAAUUAGAUCAGCCCAACACCACAAUAGAAAAGGUGCAGAUGAUCCAAAAAGAGCAAAUGUCCAGUGAGUUAACUAAGGACAAUGAAACCAUCAAGACGGCUGCCUCCUCCAAAGUGGCUGAGCUGCUGGAGAAGUACAAAGCUGUGGGCAAGGACAUGGAACGGGGCACGGUCACCCACACCAAAGCUGUUUCAGGUUACCUGCAGGAGGAAUCUCAGAAUACGGAGAAGAAAUGUACCAAAUCUGUGCAGUAUAAGAUUCUGGAGAGCAGGGUGCUGGACUCCAAAGACUCCUGCAGUACUUACAAAAUGCAUGGAGAGUUGGACAGAGCAUUUGGAAUGGCCUCAUCCACCCCCCAGCUUGGGGACGCGUUGAGUAAAGAUCCUCUGGCACAUCUUGGCACUAAGGUGGACAAGCUGUCAUCCCGGUUUUACCCCAUCGAGAACAAACCUCCUCUUCCAGAGAAGGAGAGCCUGAUAUUUGUGGGAGACACUCAGAAAUUAGCUCUUCCAGAGAAGAAGGACAGAGUGACCUUCAGAGAAGACUCUCCAAAAUUAGUCAACACAGAAAUGAAGAAACCACAGGUGAGGACAAGUACUACGUCCUCAGUUCUAGAAAGCCUGUCUAGAAGUCAAGGGUCUGACAGCUCUCUCAACAAGUCUGAGGAAGACUGUUCAAAACAAGAGCAAAAUCCCAUGGAGUUUUUAAGAAAAGGGUCACUACGGCUGAAGCAGCUUUUGAAUCCAAAAGGUGAAAAGAAACUGGAGGAGGAGCCUGCUUCUGAGAGUGGGAAAUGUGACAAGCAGGCAGGGGUGCUCAAACGAUCAUCCAUAGGGGACUGCCAGGAAGCGAUGGAGGAAGAAAAACCCCACAAAUUCGCAGCACCACUCCCCCCCAAGAGCAGCCAGACAACGCAAGGGAGGUUCCCGUCCUCCACAGCCAACAUCCUGUACAGCAGCAACCUGCGUGACGACACCAAGGUGAUCCUGGAGCAGAUCUCUGCCAACAGCCAGAAGAACAGAGCCGAGCUGGCCAAGCAGCUGCCAUCCACCAGCAACCCUGACCUCUCCAGGUCGACCACAAGCUUGGAAAGAAAAGGGGAAAAGGAGAAAAGCUGCAACAUCCACAGGUCUGAGAGCUUUGGGAGCCAGAAACGGAACUUUCAGCGGCAGCCGUCAGAGGACAGAGACACCCUCCUGAAGAAGAUGGAGAACAUGCGGAAGGAGAAGCGAGUCUACAGCAGGUUUGAGGUGUUCUGCAAGAAGGACGAGCACACGAGUCCCAGUGAAGAGGAGUAUGACACAGAUGCCAAAGACAAGAAAAUGGGAAAAUUCAUGCCCAAAAUCCUGGGGACCUUCAAGACCAAAAAAUGAUCCUAGAAAUCCUAUUUAAUUCCAUUUAAUCACUGACUGUCACAGGGAAACAAGGAAGAAACUUGUCUAUGAUGGCUACAAACCCCCAUGGCAAUGCUCUUCUUGAUUAGUGAGCAGAAAUGUAUCCAGCAUGAGCCUCCCACGGCACAGUUUGCUCAAUAAAGUCAGGUGGUAUCAAACAACCAUAUCGCAGUAUGUUCCAAAUAAAACAAUUAAAAUGCCAACAUGCUUAAAAAACAA